AUGAGUGCCGUAGAAGAAACGUGCGCCUCCACACAGGCGCAGCUCCGAGUGAGGCUCUUGACGGAGGUUCUUCGCUACAGCAGUGCAUGUCGCCUGGCGAAGAGACUUGCGGCACUUGCGACAACUGAAGUCCCGUGUGAGCGAAAAGAGAGCAGAGGCCUAAUGACGGCGGCUAUUUUUGAGGGACUGCAAUCCGCCGCUCUGCAUGGUGUGGCGGAGGGUGAUACCCGUCAUUGGGUUCAUCCUGUACUGGAUUUACAUCGCCGGGCAGCGGUGUGCGAGAGGAAAGAAGCGCCCGGUGCGCCGUCGGCCAUAUACACGCUUGAGGGUAUUGUGCUCACGAAGGGUUGCGUCUUAGGAGUAUUGCACGACAAGAAUGGCAACGAAGUCAGGCGAGAAGUUUCUGUUGAUGAGCUGAGGCUGGCCGAAGAGUCGUCACUUUUUCACGACAAUUUAUUGCCCGCACUUGAGUGCAUUCAGCCGCAGCGCACCUCGAAGAGUGCAAUGAAUUGGUUUCUUGAAAAAAUGUGCGGUGCCUCCACUAAGCUUCUCACUUCUUUUAACCAAAAACGGCGUAAGGCAUGGGCGCUGACGGACCGUCUGAUCAUUUUAUUCUACGAGGAGCGCAGAAGAUUGGCGGGACUUAAAGAGAGAAUGAAGCGUGAAGGGGCUGCUAUUGAGCUCAGAGACCUCACACUUACUGAACGCGAAGGUUGCGGCAUGGUGAACCUUGAAAUUCAAAUAUGUGACAAAACUGACGAGGGGUGGUUUCAUGCUGCUUGCCCAAAGGAACUGGCGCGGCAGGAUUCCCGCGACGUACUCAUCACGCUAGAGGUCCAUGCGGAGCAUGUGACCCGGUUGCGGCGGCUGGCGGUGUGCACCGAGGAUGGCCAGUUUCUUUUCUCUCUGGCCCUCGUACUGUUGCGCUACGCCGGGUUGAGCGGUGGGGAAUGGCAGCUGGAAUCUGGAUGGCACGCCGGUGUUCCCCACAGUGUAUUUGAUGCUUUAGUCAGUGCCUUUCGAGUGUCCGUGGAAUGUUUCGCGAGCCCAUUGAAUUGCACGCUUCCGCGUUAUUUUUCUGCGUUCCCUGACACGGAUGUUUUUUUUGGCUGUCGUGGCAAUUUUUUUGCUUUGCAACAUCUGCCACCUCCGGAGGAGGGUUUAAUUUCUUUGGAGGCGAACCCUCCCUUUGACCAUGAAGUGAUUGCUGCCGGCUUGGGGCGUGCCCUGCAGUGGCUAGAGGACACGCCCUCAACAACACCACUAUCCUUUGUUUUUAUAUUGCCAGACUCCACACAGACCAACGGGAUUGAAGUCCGCCGUAAAGCGGAACAGAGUCAAUUUUUUCGUGGUGAUUGUGUCUUGUCGCCCCACAUGUCACUGUACGUUCACGGGGCUCGACAUAUUGGCCAACCGAUGAAACGAAAACGUCAAUGUGAGGAUGGAUGCCCAGGUGAUGAACAUCUGGUUGUCUUGUCUUGUUCCACGAGGUUAUUGGUGCUGCAGAACGAUGCUGCUGCUGCCAUGCUCUCUGCUAGUGAAGGGAUAACAAAGGUACGAUCGGCCUGGAAGGCAUUGUCGGCUUCUGUAAAAUUCUGA